AUGACCGACUCGCAAGAUAAAGCACGCAGCCAAUCGGUUCGCGAGCCUUCCAAUGAAUUCCGUCGUGUUUCAAUGCUACUCGAAGCGUCGCCGCCCGACAUGGGAUAUCGACACCCUUUGAUCCAGAUCGUUAUUGUAUCCAUGGUCUGUUUUUGUUGCCCAGGUAUGUUCAAUGCAUUGAGCGGCCUCGGAGGUGGAGGUCAGAUCGACGCGACCACGGCCGAUAACGCCAAUGUAGCCCUAUAUUCUACCUUUGCCACUACUGCCUUUUUGUCAGGUACGAUCGUUAAUAAACUUGGCCCCAGGUUAUCCUUAUCGAUUGGGUCAUUGGGUUAUACAUUAUUUAUAGGCUCGUACCUAUCUUACAACAUAAAUCAAAAUAGCGGUUUCGUUAUUGCAGCAGGCGCUAUUCUGGGAGUGUGCGCGGGCUUGCUAUGGACAGCGCAGGGUUCAUUGAUGCUAGCUUAUUCGACCGAAGCUACCAAAGGUCGAUACAUUGCGAUGUUUUGGAUCAUCUUCAGUCUCGGGGCUGUACUAGGCGAAGCCGUUGCACUUGGUCGAUUUCACGACAGCCAAACUGAUAGUCCCGUGUCAAAUUCAGUUUACAUUGCUUUCCUCGCCAUCACAUUAUUUGGUUCGGCACUUACUAUGACGCUCGCUUUGCCUUCAACGGUCCAGCGAGCUGAUGGGAGUUGGGUAACAUUAGACCAAAAUCCAGGAUGGAAAGACGAAAUUCGAGCAAUGAUCAAGACGUUGACUAAGGAUCCUACAGUGUUGCUUCUUUUCCCAUUCUUUUGGGCAAGUAAUUGGUUUUACACUUAUCAAUUCAACGAUUACAAUCUUGCCCUCUUCAAUCUUCGCACUCGAUCACUCAAUGCGCUGCUUUAUUGGCUUUCACAGCUAUUUGGAUCAGGAUUGUUCGGACUUUUACUGGAUUAUUCAUCUUCAUCGGCAAGAAAUCCAAUCUCUUCACGUCGGAGUCGCGCAUUCUUAGGUUGGGGCAUCUUGACGGCGAUCAUAUUUGGGACUUGGGGCGGUGGAUGGGUAGUCCAAAGGACUUAUGAGCGUGGAACUGUAUCAGUCAAGAUGGAUUGGUCAGAUCCAGAUUAUGUGGGGAGAGCUUGGCUUUAUAUCUCCUAUGGGAUCAGCGAUGCUGUUUGGCAAACUUUCGCCUAUUGGUUGAUAGGAGCCUUGAGCAAUGAUCCUAGAGAUUUAUCUUCAUUUGUGGGAUUCUACAAAGGAAUUCAAUCCGCUGGAGCAGCAGUUGUGUUUCGCAUUGAUGCAAAUAAAGCUUCCUAUCAUGCGAUCUUCAUUUCUUCUUGGGCAGUAUUGGCCCUUGGUUUACUAGGAGUACUACCUAUCUUAAUAAUGAGAAUCCAGAAUCGCUCACGUAGAAACCCACAUUUCGAGUUUGAUCCAAAAAUUCCAACCAAUCGUAAAUCAGGAGAAAUUUCACAAAUCAAUCCAAGAAUACCCAUAAUACCUAAUGCUGAAGGUUAA